AUGGCGGCUGUAAAAGAUGUGAAACCAACAUCGCCUCAUUUAAUCGAUGAAUUAGAGGAGUCAUUUCAGAACUGCAUAGAAAGUUUAACCUCUCAAGAAUAUUUUAAUGUGCAAGACUAUGAUGAAGUUAAGACAGGGAUGGAAUUGAGUUUGCAGAAGUUCCUAGAACUUGCAAGGCAGACAGAGGCUUUCUUUCUGAAGAAACGUUUGAUUCUUUCUAAGCAAAAGCCAGAACAAUUUAUCAAAGAUGAAACAGAGGACUUGCGGGCAGAGUUGGAGAGAAAGGAUAUCAUGAUAAAAAAGCACCAAGAACGACUACAAAAAUGGCAGGCAAUGUUAAAUAGUGUAAACAAAGGAUCCUUCUAUUCCUCUCAAGCCCAGCAGCAAAUGUCUGGGCCCUCAGGGGGGCAGCAGUAUAACCCCCAUGCUGUACCUCCGGGGCCCUACACAGGGAGUGGGGGGAUGCCUGGCCAGACUCACAUGGGGCUGUCUUCUUCGGCCAUGUCAGGUGGACAAUUCUCCCAGACCCUGCCUCAACAGUCCCCCCACAUGAUGAUGUCACGACAAGGCCCCACCCCCCAUCAGCAACAGCCUCCCCCAUACAAUACCCAGGGACCCUUACAGUACCUGGAACAAAGCAUGUCUAAUAUUGGUCAGUCAUUGUCAAGACCCUAA